UUUCAAAACACUGCUGACACACGACGCGUGUGGCAGGGCAUCCAGGCCAUCACCAACUACAAGUCACCUCCACAAAAAAGACACCUACGUCAGAAUGCUGUCCAUAGCCUUCAGUUCAGCGUUCAACACCAUCAUUCCUCAGCAGCUGUUUGGAAGACCAAGCCUGCUGAAACUGAAUGCCUCCCUCUGUCACUGGAUACUGGAUUUCCUAUCUGAGAGACCUCAGUUAGUCAGGAUAGGAAAUAACAUCUCCAACACCACCACACUGAGCACCGGUGCCCCUCAGGGCUCACUAGCAUUGUGGACGACCCCAUCCAUCCCUCACACUGACUUUUUUCACUGCUACCAUCUGGCAGGAGGUACCGGAGCGUCUGUGCCACCACUGCCAGACUCUGCAACAGCUUUGCUCCUCAAGCAAUCAGUUUCAGGCGUCUUCUCUGGCAGGAGCUCAUGGAUUUCCUUGUGGAGUAUGCCAACAAUGAGACUUACCAUGACAACGGGACGGAGGCCUUCAACAACACUGGCUGCGAAGCCAAGCACCAGUAUAACUAUUAUGCCAUGCUCCUGACACUACUCAUCUUUGUCAUUGUUUUUGGCAACGUGCUGGUGUGCAUGGCUGUCUCACGAGAAAAAGCCCUGCAGACCACCACUAAUUACCUGAUCGUCAGCCUGGCAGUGGCGGAUCUUCUGGUGGCAACGUUAGUCAUGCCCUGGGUGGUGUAUCUGGAGGUUGUGGGAGAGUGGCGCUUCAGCAGAAUCCACUGUGACAUCUUUGUCACGCUGGACGUCAUGAUGUGCACUGCCAGCAUCCUUAAUCUGUGUGCUAUUAGUAUUGACAGGUACACAGCUGUUGCCAUGCCGAUGUUGUACAAUACGCGGUACAGCUCGAAACGGCGCGUAACUGUAAUGAUCUCGGUGGUUUGGGUUCUCUCCUUCGCCAUCUCCUGCCCGCUGCUGUUUGGGUUAAACAACACAGCAACACGCAACGAUGCUGUGUGUGAGAUCGCCAACCCGGCCUUCGUGGUCUACUCCUCCAUCAUGUCCUUUUACGUGCCCUUCAUCAUCACACUCCUCGUCUAUGUGCAGAUCUACGUGGUGCUGCGUAAGCGUCGGAAACGGGUCAACACCAAGCGCAGCUGCCAGAAGGCUGAUGCUGAGCCCCAGCCUCCGCUCAAGGAGAAGUGCACUCACCCGGAGGACGUGAAACUCUGCACAGUUAUCGUUAAAACCAAUGGAAGUUUGCCUGCCAAAAACAAGAAAACACAGUUGCUGAUAAAAGAGGUGGUCCAGCAGGGUGGCGGCGUAGAAAUGGCUCUGGUGGCCAGCACCAGCCCUCCAGACAAAAUGAAGCUGGCAGCCACCUCAGCAGGAAACCUUCUGGCCAGCCAGAGCCCCAGCCAUGCCUCACCAUCGCACGAGGAAUGGCAGCCUAACAGCGACGGGAAGAACGGCCAUACCAAGGAUGCCCAGACCCCAAAAGAGGCUAAACCCUUCGAAACGCAGGCCUUACCCAAUGGCAAAACCCGUACCACCGUGACUAAGACCAUGAGCAAGAGGAAGAUGUCCCAGCACAAAGAGAAGAAGGCCACACAGAUGUUAGCCAUUGUUCUAGGUGUUUUCAUUAUAUGCUGGCUGCCCUUCUUCAUCACUCACAUCUUGAAGACUCACUGCACAAGCUGCUACGUGCCUCUGGAAAUGUACAACGCCUUCACGUGGCUCGGCUACGUAAACAGCGCCGUAAACCCCAUCAUUUACACCACCUUCAACGUGGAGUUCCGCAAGGCUUUCAUGAAGAUCCUGCACUGCUGACUGCAGUUCUCUGUGUUUGUGUGUCUGGAUUUUCAUGAAGAGGUCAGUGCCAUCUUUCACUCUGGCUGAAGGGGAAGACUUUUUUUUUAAAGGACAGACUUAAUACUCAUGGCAAACACUGGGGCUUUUUGGCUUGAUUCAAACGAAUGUAAAUGCGGAGAUUUAUUUGUAGGUCUCACCAUUUCAGUCUUUAAAGGUCUCAGAAAGAUGCUGCUGGCAAAGUGUGUGUGUGUGUAUGUGUGUGUGUGUGUGUGUGUGUGUGUGUGUGUGAUGAAUUGCAGAUCUUGGAAUAGAGGAACUGCAGAAAAUUAUACUUUGGCACUGCUUUGAAGGCAAGAUAUUUCAUAUCAUUAUAUGUAGAAGUGGGUUUCAAGGAAUUGUUCACUGACAGAUGCUGUUUUUCAUACAGAGUUCAUAACGUUAUAAUGAUGAAUAGUAUAAGAGUUUAAAGAAUAAGUUCAGGUUCUAUCAGAGGAAGCCAGAAUCUAAAGAGAUAACAUUGUCAGUUGAUGUAGUUACCUUCAUGGUUUAUUAUACAUCAAGCUCACAAAAGAAUCAGUAUUAACAGAGCCGAUAUCUAUAUAUCGUUAUUGAAGUAUUUCUUUAUUUGAUGAUCUAUUUAUUUAUAUGUCAAUAUGUGAAUACAAAGAAGAGCUACUGUAAAUGGAAUGAAUGAGUGGAAAACAGGCCGGCCAAACAAAGCCAUAGCAAAGACCUCCCACACAGAAAUGAAUGCCUUUGAAUAACCGACCAUGAAGGACAUUUAAUUGUAAAUAAUGCAAUUUUAUUGAAGCCCAUGACAAAAAUGAUCAUGCAUGUCACAUUGAUACUUCACUACAUAACAGAAUAUAGGUCUACUGUAUGUCAGCUAUACAAGACAAAAUGAUCUAAUCUUUGUAAAGUUGUAUCUACAUUUUUCUGUGUUAUGUUAUAUACACUUGAAAGCAAAGUCUUUGAUAUUUGAAUACUUGUAUGGGGUGAUCCAUUACUUUGUGAUGGAAAAAAAGCCCAUUCAUGUGUGAAUGUUUUUUUUUUUUGCAUGAAGCUUUGCAGAGAUUGAGGACAAAGUGUAAGGUACAUGCUUAAAAGAUUUGAUUUAUAGAUUAAUUUGCCUCAAAAGGUAAACUUUUUUUCAAUAAACAAGAAAAAUGUUA